AUGCAUAAACCAAGAAGAAGANNNNAGAAGACGCCAUGCAGCAAAAAGCUCGGAGGAUACUUGAAAGAGCAGAAGGGAAGGCUUUACAUCAUCAGAAGAUGUGUGGUCAUGCUCAUUUGCUGGCAUGACUAA